AUGAUGACGAUGUGCCGUCUGCUGUGCGCCCUGUUGGUGCUCGCCCUGUGCUGCUGCCCGUCCGUGUGCGCAGAAGAGACUCCGAAGGAUACUGAAACGGUUGAAGAGUCUACCGAGAGGACCACAACGAUGACUGCAACACAGCCACAGGGAGCCAGUAAGUCACUGUCGCCAAGUACGGUGUCCGCUGCGGAUCGUGAGGACAUUCAGCCAGGGACACUAGAGUCAGGAGAACAUGUGACCAGUCACUCGGGCUCGCCAAGGAUUUUGUCCAGUGCGGAAAAGGGAAAAGUUGGCGAAGAGGGACCGAAAUCGGAUGAGGUGGCUGUUAUUUUACAGGCAGAAAGUAGUGAUGUUGCGAAACGGCUAAAAGGUGAGAAGACACUAUCCGAGGAAGGAGCAACUAAGGAGACUGACGCUUCUGCCGAGACAACUACUACGACCACUACAACACAAGCACCAACUACAACGACCACGACUACCACUGCGCCAGUGGCGCAAAUUACUACGACUACAGAGGCGCCAACUACGACGACCCGCGCACCGUCACGUCUUCGCGAAAUCGACGGCAGCCUCAGCAGCUCUGCGUGGGUGUGUGCUCCGCUACUGCUCGCCGUAUCCGCGCUGGCGUACACCGCUGUGGGCUGA